UAUUUAAUAUUAAAUGAUUUUUUUUGUCAUUGAGUUUUUAGUGAAAAAGUUUAGAGCAUCAUGUCUGAAAAUGUAUCAAAUUCAAUAGAAAUUAAUGCAACUACAUCUUCAUCCACUAAGAGUAGAAGUAAAAAUGCUCCAGGAAAUCGAUCUCAUAUUGGAUGGAAACAUGGGUUUGAUGUUAAUGGUAAUGGAAGAAAAGUGAAAUGUAACUAUUGCUCAAAGAUUGUGAGUGGUGGUAUAUUUAGAUUUAAACAUCAUCUUGCUGGAACAAGGGAGGACUCUGAACCUUGUGCUUCUGUUUCGGAUGAAAUAAAAAAUUUGAUGAUAAAAGUAGUUGCUGAAGCCAAGAAUGCAUCAUUAAAGAAAAGAAAGAUAAACAUUGAUGAAGACGAGGAAGAAAGUGAGAGUCUUGAAGGAGGACACAAGAUAUUCGGUUUGAAAGGAAAACAAAAAGUUGCUACUACUAGUAAGGGGGGAGUCCAAGCAACUAUAAAUCAAAUGAUGAAAAAAAGAUACAAAGAAGAAGUUGACGCUCAAGUGGCUGAAUUCUUUUACACCAGUGNCAUUCCUUUUAAUGUAAUUAAAAAUCCAGCAUUUGCAAAGAUGUGUGAAAUGAUUGGUAAGUAUGGAGUUGGAUACAAACCACCAUCUUAUCACAACAUUAGAGAAAGGCUGUUGAAAGAAGCUGUGAAUAAAANAGAUGAAAUCCUUGAGGAUUAUAAGGAGGAGUGGAAGAAAACUGGAUGUACAAUUAUGUCGGAUGGUUGGACAGAUAGAAAAAGACGUUCUAUUUGCAACUUCUUGGUGAAUAGUCCUAAAGGGACGGUUUUUCUUUAUUCACUUGACACUUCAGACAUAUNAAAAACAGCUGAUAAAGUUUUCAAAAUGUUAGAUGAUGUUGUUGAGUUUGUUGGAGAAGAAAAUGUUGUUCAAGUUGUCACUGAUAAUGCUGUAAAUUUCAAGGCAGCUGGAGAGUUGUUGAUGCAAAAGAGAGAAAGAUUGUAUUGGACUCCAUGCGCAGCACAUUGAAUUGAUUUGAUAUUUGAAGAUUUUGAAAAANAUUUAAAGGUCCAUGAAUUGACAAUUAAGAAGGGAAGAAAGAUUACUACUUACAUUUAUGGAAGAUCAAUGUUGAUUUCCUUGUUGAAAAAGUUCACUAAAGUAGAGACUUGAUAAGACCGGGUAUGACUAGAUUUGCCACAACUUAUUUAACUCUUGCUUGUCUUCAUGAAUUGAAGGCAUCAUUGUUGACCAUGUUUAGCUCUGAAGAGUGGAAGACAAGCAAGUUUGGAACUUCACAAGAGGAUAGGAAAGUACAAUAUGUGGUAUUAGAUAGUCGGUUCUGGAAGAAUGUCUCCACAUGCCUGAAAGCUGCUGCCCCUCUUAUGGUGGUCUUAAGAUUAGUAGACUCAGAUGUAAAACCCGCAAUGGGUUUCAUUUAUGAAGAGAUGGAUUGUGCAAAAGAGAAGAUUAGGUCUAACUUCAACAAUAUCAAAAAGAGGUAAAUUUUCAAAAUUUUACUUAUUCAAUGUUUAACAUAGCAUAAUUGAUGUAAUUAUGAAGAGGUUUGGAGAAUAAUUGAUGCUCGAUGGGAUAAUCAACUUCAUAGGCCUUUGCAUGCAGCUGCCUAUUUUCUGACCCCCAUUUCCACUAUGAACCUAACUUUAAAAGUGAUGAUGGUGGAUAGGUCAAAGAAGGAUUGUAUUUUUGCAUGAGAAGAUUGAUACCAGAUAUGGCAGAAAGAAGAAAAAUUAAUUUACAAAUUGUUGAAUUUCAUAAUGCUAGAGGAUUUUUUGGAAUGGAAGAUGCAAAGGAGUGUAGGAAAGAGUUAAAUCCUGGGGAAUGGUGGGACAUGUUUGGUGAUGGAACUCCGGAGUUGAAGAGAUUUGCUAUUCGAAUUCUAAGCUUGACUUGUAGUUCUUCUGGAUGUGAGCGUAAUUGGAGCUCAUUUGAAAUGGUUCAUACAAAGAGAAGGAAUCGUUUGCAUCAAAAAAAGAUGAAUGAUUUAGUUUAUGUGAUGUAUAACUCCAAGCUGAAAAAUAGACAAAUUCGAAAAACUGUAGCUCUUCCAUUUGAU